CCAGCUCAAUAUGCCCCCAAUAUUAUCUUAUGUUACAUUCACAUCUGUGCGCGCCGAAGCGUAAAUACAUCCAUUUCUGGCCUAUUUGCUGUGUUAUAUAACUUUGUUGGAGGCGGGUGGAGCUCGUAAUUUCGACAUUUCAAAGACGCAUUGAAUUCAUCAUUCAUCGAGAGAAAGAAGAAAAUGCCCCCCAAAACUAUCCGGACGGCUUUAGCGGAAAUGCUGGAGGACCUGUCAAAGAAGGACUUGGAGAAGUUCUGCCAUCAGCUUCUGGACCGCAGAGAGGAGCCGCGGGUCAGACGCAACAGGGUGGAGGGGAAAAGCUUCUUGGACAUCGUGGACGUCCUGGUUUCAACCUUUACUGAGCGUGUAGCUCUCCAAGUGGCUGUGGACAUACUGACACAGAUUGACUGCAACGAGGCGGCACGGGCACUCGGUGAAGAAACAGCUGAGUAUUUGCCAAAACCUGGUUCCUGUCAUACUACAGGACCUUCAGCUGGAGGAGCUGGUGUAAGCAACAUGGCAGAUGGCGUGCACUUUGUGGAUAAACAUCGAGUCGAUCUGAUCAACAGAGCGAGCAACAUUUCACCUAUUCUGGACGAGCUCCUCUACAGGAAAGUCAUCUCGGCAGAGAUUUAUGAUACAAUUAGGGCUCUGCGUACCACUCAGGAGAAGAUGAGGGCACUCCUCUCUGGUCCCCUGAAAGCCAGCACAGCCUGCAAAGAUGUCUUCUACAAAGUCCUUGAGGAAAAUGAGCCAUAUCUUAUUGAUGACCUCAAGAAAAAGUAAAUGUUGUGAAAUCCAUAUUGUGACCAAACAUACAGUCUACCUGAACACAACAUGUUUUAAUACAGUUAUUGCUUUGUUUUUGUUUUUUCUAAAAAUAGUUUUUGAUUAUUGGCUUUCGUUUAUCAGAGAUUCGUCAGCUCUUAAAUUAGUUUAAAUGUGUACUAUGGUGUGUAGUGCCUUCGCUGCCCUGAUCUGUGAGGCUCAUGUAAUUGUUUAAUUUUUUAAAACCAGAUUUAUCAAACAAUCCUGUAAGAAGUGAAUGAUCUCACCAGACAUGUAAUGUUUUUAUCCAACAAAUAACAAAUGGAAUGAGAGCCUUUUUUUUUAACCCUAUUGUCUUAUGUAAACUAAAACAGAAGAAUCCAAAUGAUUAUCCAUCAUGUAAAUGCUCAAAUUUGUUUGUGCUUGUUUUAUGACGUUAAUUCUCUCCAAGAAAAAUAUACAUUUAUAUUGAGGGGUCUUUCAAAAAUGUUUUCUAUUUUGAAAUUUCUAAUAAAAUCUUUUUUGUGGUUCUUAA